AUUCUCUUCCAAAACAGAAACAGAUUAUAAGUGAGUACUGUUGAAGUCCUGGCUUACAGAGUCACCUGACAAGAAAGCCCCGCUCAUUCGAAGUGGAUUCGACAAAUAAUUCAGGUGAAUUUCUCCUGGCUGCAGGAGGAGGGUUCGGCAGUGGGAAAGUUGUGACAAUCCCUGGCUUGGAUGAAGCGCACUGGAACUCGGAAAAGUGCCAUCGAACCCAGGCUGACCAAUCACAGCCCCAUGAGUUGAAGGCAGCUGGGCCAGACCAUCAAAAUGCUAGCUGGGAGGAAUCCGUUGAUGGUGAUCGCAUUGACCUCAUCGCCCAGAAGGCCCAAUUUCACAAUUCUGCUCCAAUUUAGAAAGCCUGAGAAAGCCCCGUUCCUUGUGAGAUUUCCAGAGAAGAGGGCCAUAUGCUGAAGCAUUGCCUCUGAAACUCCACUCCUACAACUCAAAUAUUUGCUGAAGGUUAAUCUUGCCUCAGCCUUGCCAAAGGAAAUCUACCCUUGGAGGCAGCUUUUUGUCUAAGCAAGGCUUCGGGUACAGAGAAGCCUAGAUCCUCACUGGCCAGACCCAGCUUAGCUGCAUUCCAGGACAUCCUGAGGCCACCCCAGAACCAAGAAUGGGAUACAAGCGAUCCAGAAAUCUUGGAAUGACGCUCCCACCCACGGAUGCCCUCUCACCUCGAGCAGUGCUGUUUCCUCGCCGGCUGCUUUUGGCCUCCCUUCAACCCUCGUGGAAGGACCGUCUCAGCUUUCGAUCCGGAGCCUCUUGUGGGACGGGGACCGAAGACAAGGCCGUGCAGUCUCCGGAGCUGAGGGUGUCACACAGUGCAGGAUUCCACACAUGCCAAUCCGAGCCGGUGGCCGGGAGGAUUUCAGCAUGAUCGACCUGAGCUUCCUCACAGAAGAAGAGCAAGAGGCCAUCCUGAAGGUCCUGCAGCGGGAUGCCGACCUGAAGAGAUCCGAAGAUGAGAGGGUCAGACAUCUGCCUGAGAAAAUCAAGGAUGACCAACAGCUGAAAAACAUGAGCGGGCAGUGGUUCUACGAAGCCAAGUCGAAGCGACACAGAGAUAAAAUACAUGGAGCAGAUAUCAUCAGAGCAUCCAUCAGGAAGAAGAAAUCCCAAACCGUCGCUGAGCAGAGUCAGCACAGGAUGGAUCGGGCCAAGAAGAGCUGGGUGAAUAACGUCCACAGAGACCUCUCCCUCCCGCCGGAGAUCUGUGGUGCCAUGGAGGAGCUGGAAAAAGUCACGGACGCAGCAGCGCACCCCAACCCGAGUCUCACCGGGUCACAUCCGAUUUCGGGUGGAUUAGACGUCCCUAAAGACGACGCGAGCAAGACAGCCGUUUCGACAGCAAAGCCCAGGAAGAAUCCAUUUAAUAGCUCCAGCGUUCCAGAGAAUAAUUUAUAUAUCCAGACCAAAAGCGAACAGUCAGGAAGCGGAACAACUGGUUUCCCUCGUACAUCAAAAGAGGUUGUUCCGAACCCUUCCAAGGAAUCCUUUUCCUCCCCAAAGCUUCCCCCGCCCCGGCACAUUCCUCCGGACACCGAGGGCAGCCGCCCAACCCAGCCUCCAAUCCCCAAACCCAGAAGAGCCCUCUCCAACGCCACAGAACGACGCCCGGAGGACGAACCGCCUUUCCCUAAAUCCGGACGAAGGGCCGAGCCCGGGAACGGCCGCUUCCCCCCCCGGGGCAUUUUGAAACGCAACUCGAGCACCAGCUCAACCGAUUCCGAGGUGACCCGCGGGAAUCCGAACUCGGAAUCCAAGGGCAAGAAUCCGCCCACCUCUGUCAGCAUUCCCGAAGGCAUUUUGGAGAAGGACCCUUCGGCCGAAGAGGAGGGCUCUUCCCACAGUGCACUGGAACCGCUGAAGCACGUGCGAUUCUCGGCAGUCCAAGAAGAGCUUCCUCAGCAUCCCCAACUUCAUCGUGGGAAGGAAAUGGGAGCGUUCGCUUUAGUAGGAUCUGCAAAGACUGAGGCCCAGUUGGAAGACCCGGGGCCUUACGUCGGCGUGGAGGAGGAUACUGAGUUCUACGGUCACAGAAAACCAUUCCAGACCUCUUGGCCGACUUUCGUGCCAACUGCGACGGACACUAACUCACCCGAACAAAACCCGCCGGCUUCGGAGCGGUACGAGAUGAAUGGGCCCGGCCCGGCCGCCGAGCGCGUCUCAGAUCGGGUGGCGAGUCCCCGUUUGGACGGCCUAAGCCCGAGGUGGUCUUCCAGAGAGCUCCCGGCUGACGCUCAGGGGGAGCCUAGAGCCAAGCCCUCCUCCAAGUCAAGCCUGGAAUCCGAGUCAUCCCCAAAUCCCGAGGCCUGGCAGCCGUGUCCCCCUGAGUCCGCUCCUCCUCAGGUUCCUGAUUUCCCCCGGGCGGAGCGUCAGCAAGGUUCGGAAGAAGAGUCAAAUCCCGUUUUGAAGGCUUUGAAAAGGACCGCUGAUAGGAAAGUGCCUUCCAAAAGUCUAGAGGACAUUUCGUCAGACCCACCAAAUCCGGCCAAAGUAGAUAUUCCAAAAGAAGAAUUAGUUCGUAGUGCUGAAGAUGAUGCGAAAACAGAUCAACCACAAGAUACAAAUGAAAACAGGCCAGGAAUUUCCACAGGGCCAUCAGCCCCUGAGCACCAGUUUUUGCAGCCUGAAAAACUCAAAAGGAUGAGCAAGUCUGUGCCUGCAUUUCUCCAGGAUGAGAGUGAUGACAGAGACACAGACACGGCAUCAGAGAGCAGCUCCCGGCUUGGCAGGCACCAGAAGAGCCCAAACUCUUUAACCAAUCUUAGCAGCUCUUCUGGCAUGACAUCCUUGUCUUCUGUGAGUGGGAGUGUGAUGAGCAUCUACAGUGGAGAUUUUGGCAACGUGGAGGUGAAAGGGACGAUCCAGUUUGCCAUUGAUUACGUGGAGUCGCUGAAGGAGUUCCACAUUUUAAUCGCUCAGUGUAAGGACCUGGCAUCUGCUGAUGUGAGGAAGCAACGUUCAGACCCGUACGUGAAGACCUACCUAUUACCUUACAAGGGCAAGGUGGCUAAAAAGAAGACCCUUGUGGCCAAGAAAACAUUGAAUCCUGUGUUUAACGAGAUACUGCGGUAUAAGGUCGACAAGCAGGUUUUAAACACCCAGAAGCUGAACGUCUCCGUGUGGCACCGGGACACUUUCAAGCACAACAAGUUCCUGGGGGAAGUGGAGCUGGAUAUGGAAACGUGGGACUGGGGAAACAAGCAGAAUAAGCAACUGAUUUGGUAUCCCCUCAAGAACAGGACUGCAGGAUCUGCCCAUGAGAUGGAGAACCAAGGCGAGAUGAAACUGGCCCUCCAGUACGUCCCCCAGCCACCGUCCGGGAAGAAGCUUCCGACCGGCGAAGUGCACAUCUGGGUGAAGGAAUGCACUGACCUACCGCUUCUAAGGGGCAACCAGCUGAACUCAUUUGUGAAAUGCACCAUCCUUCCAGACACGAGCAGGAAGAGCCGCCAGAAGACGAGGACGGUCCCCAAGACGGCCCAGCCGGUCUUCAACCACACGAUGGUGUACGACGGCUUCAGGGAGGAAGACCUGAGGGAAGCUUGCGUGGAGCUCACGGUCUGGGACCACUUCAAGUUGACCAGUCAGUUCCUGGGCGGCCUGCGGCUCGGCUUCGGCACGGGGAAAAGCUACGGUACCGAGGUGGAUUGGAUGGAUUCCACCCCCGAGGAGGAGUCCCUGUGGGAGAGGAUGGUGAACCACCCCAACACUUGGAUAGAAGGAACGUUACCCCUCAGGAUGUUGCUGGUAGCCAAGAUGACCAAAUAAAGGGCCUCCCCCUCCCGGGUUGUGACCGUUCGCUCGGUAGCCCGUGUCAAGCCCGUAUCGUUUUUACAUCUGUCGUCGGCGUCGAGGCGGGGAGGCCGAACGAUAACCGGGCGGAUACGUGGCGUUGGUGCGGCUCUGCUUGGUCACCCGUGGUCUAAAAAAUGUCUCGCUCCUUCCCACCUGCGCUGUCCUAUCUGUGCCACCAACCUUAGUUCUGAAUUCUCCUCGUGGAGCUGUUUCUGUGGUCGCCAAUGCUUAGAAGCUGUCGGGAGGCUGGGGCUCCGGGUCCGUCCUUACCCCGGCCGCGGCGUCAGCGGGUCUGGGAGAGAAAGAGCGAUCCUCUGGCCUUCGGGAUUAGAACUGUCAGUCGGAAUUUCGGAUAAAUCCAUUGGCUAGGGAUGGGUUCGUUUCAUCAGCCGGCCCCGCGGCGGGAGGGAUUUUUAAAAUAUACUCCGGUUCCCCCCAAGGGACCUGAUGGGGAUCCCAUCCUUCUUAGUUGGAAGGCUCAGUUGAAGACGAAAUAGACGUUGGCGUAAGCCCCGAGUAGCCUAAGUUCUCUGGGGCUCUUGAAACUUGUCUAAAUGUGGCUCUGUUUGCGCUCAAGGGUUGAAAUAUAAUAUAAUUGUUUCCUAUAUAUUUGCAGUUUUCACAAGGUAUUUUGCAACGCCCACCCUGGUCUUCAAAAUAAAUUGUAAUACGACCAUAA